CAUUAAAAUUGAUUCCAUAACUGUGUCAACAAAUGUGUUUUAAGUAGGCUAUGGGUUUUCCCUAUGGGUGUGACUCAAGGAGGAGAGCGUGCACGCUCUCAUCAAGGCAAUAUAUAAUGCAGGUGCAAGAGCAGUUUAGAGCCUAACAGUUUUCCAUAGGUUCCUGUAACUUGACAUCACAAGAACUGCAUUUGACACGUCUGUGGAUUAACGGCAUUUCUCUUGGCACAAAGCAGCACCUUUUUGCAGGUGAAAAUGACAUCUCAGAUAGCAAAGGUGCUGCUAUCGCUGGACGCCGAAGCAGUCAGCUCACUCAAAGAGGGCCUGAAUUUCAAGAAAAAUGGGGAGGAUGGUAAAUGUUACAUCAUAUACAAGAGCAAUGAUGGCCUUAAAGCGUGCAAAAACCAAUGCAGACAUCAAGGAGGGUUAUUCAUCAAAGACAUUGAAGACCUGAAUGGCAGUGUUGUUAAAUGCACUAAACACAAUUGGAAGUUAAAUGUGUCAACAAUGAAAUAUGUGAACCCACCAGACAGCUUCUUGCAGGAUGAGCUUGAAGUAGAGAAGACGAAUGAUGGGGGGAUUCAGUUGGUCGAGUUGAGCCCCGUAGACCCCUGGCUGGCUGACCCUCGGGAGCCACUGGAAUUGCAGGAAGGCGAAGUCAAAGUGACGUACUUAACCCACGCCUGCAUGGAGCUGCAGCUCGGACAGAAGCGGUUCAUGUUCGACCCGUGGUUGAAGGGUCCUGCAUUUGCCAGAGGCUGGUGGCUUCUCCAUGAGCCUCCAGCAGACUCCCUGGACAGGCUCUGUGCAGCGGAUCUCAUCUACAUCAGCCACAUGCACUCGGACCACCUCAGUUUUCCCACACUGAAAGUCUUGUCCGAGAGGAGGCCAGAUGCCCCCAUUUAUGUUGGUGACACAUCCAGACCAGUCUUUUGGUAUUUGGAGCAAAGCCAAGUCAAGCUGACCAAUAUCAACAUUGUUCCUUUCGGUGUCUGGCAAAACAUUGACCAACACCUCAGAUUCAUGAUCUUGAUGGAUGGUGUACAUCCUGAAAUGGACACCUGCAUCAUUGUUGAGUAUAAAGGUCACAUGAUCCUGAAUACUGUGGACUGCACCAGGCCAAAUGGAGGCAGACUACCACAGAAUGUGGACUUGAUGAUGAGUGACUUUGCCGGAGGCGCAUCUGGAUUCCCCAUGACAUUCUAUGGAGGGAAAUACAGUGAUUCCUGGAAGGCAGAGUUUAUCAAGAAUGAAAGAAAGAAGCUGCUGAACUACAAAGCUCUGCUGGUGAAAUCCUUGCAGCCAAGGAUCUACUGCCCGUUUGCUGGCUAUUUUGUGGAGGCUCAUCCAUCAGACAGAUACAUCAAGGACACAAAUGUUAAAAACAGUGCAGAAGGCCUCAACGCGCUCAUCAAUAAGACUGCACCAGAUAUCAAGACAUGGACGCCCAAGCCAGGCGCUGUGCUGGAUCUCGGCCUUGCUCUGAGAGACCCUGCCAACAGGUUGACAACACAUCAAGCUUUGAGUGUUGAGGCCAUUACCAAUCCACCAGCCCAUGCAAAAAUCUACAAGGACAGUUGGGAUUUCGACUUGUAUGUGGAUGAACUGAACAGUGCCAUCAACUCUGAGAUAUUUAAACAUCAAAGCUGGAUCCAGUUUUAUUACAACUGGGCAGGCUUUCAAAACUACAACCUUGUUGUGCGGGUCAUUGAGACAGAUGACAACUUUGAACCCCUCACUGGUGGCUGCGACUACUUGGUGGACUUCUUGGAUCUGUCGUUCCCCACCAAGAGGCCUGACAGAGAGCACUCCUACGUAGAGAUUAAAAAUAGGAUUGGAGUGAUGAGGUACUUGGUGCUGCACGGCCGUCUGUGGGAUGACCUAUACAUCGGCUUCCAGAACCGCAUAAGCCGAGACCCGGACAUCUACCACCACAAGUUCUGGAACCACUUCCAGAUAGAGUUACCAGUUCACAAGCCAGACUGGGACCAGUUUCUGCAGCAGGUGCCUCCCAUCCAGGAGCCUGACACACCACAGGAUGAGCCAGAGGAAGUGAGCCACUGUACAGUGGCAUGAGUUUGGAUUGUUGGUUUAUGAAGAUCAAGUAACUGGUUGUGAUUGAUGGUUUUAAUUUACAUCUACUAUCAUACCAGCAGGUCAUGCCAACUUGUCUGGUUUGCUGCUUUAUUUUAACUAGAUUGCACAAAACACGUGAAGAGUGACAGAUGGAAGAGAUGACAGACACAUGAGAUAAGAAAACCAGUCCCUCAAGACUCUCUGUCUUUAAAGGACCAUGCCAGUUAUUUUUCAUGUUUCAGCUUAUAAAUUAACUACAAACUGGCCUCCAUUAAUGUCUAUAUGGUAUAAAAAUCAGUUUACAGACUCUUGAGACUGGCUUGAGUUAUGUAAUCUAUCAUAUUGAACAUUGGGUCUGUAUCAGUUUGUUCCUAAUGACUUCAUAUCAUUGUUUUCUGUUUCUGUUUUCAUUAGUGCUUUUAAAAAAUACCAAUGUAUUGGGGUCCUGAGGGACCACAGUCAAAAGCACCCCAUUGCACCUAUGCAGUUUUACUGGCUGGAACUAUUUAUUGAGGUUAUGUUUGCCCUGGUUCCUAAUUUAAAGUAUCACACACUAUCAGGGGGGUCAGGGUACUCUGUCAAGUUAUUUUGAAGGCUUUGUGGAAAGAUUGUACUUUGGAUAAAAGUAGUGAUUUGUAUUCAAGAAAGUCUGUUUUUUUCAGGUGACAUUAAUUACAUAACUAAUAAUGUUUUGAGAUUAAAUAAGUUAAGAUUU